GUGGAUUGUAUGAAGAAUAAGAAGGAUAAAGUUCAAUAAAGGUAGGAAAAUGGAUAGAAUUGUCUGAUAAUUAUACUUCUGUAUCUUAAAUCACUUAUCAUGGUUUAUAUAACAAAAAUGGGGUUAAAAUUGGAAGAUGGGAUAUUUAUAAAAAAGAUUCGUUAUGGUAAUAUAAAUAAAUCUAAAAAUAUAGUGGUUGCAUUAAUUAUGAUUAAAAUGGAAUUUAAAUUUAUAAAAGUGAAAAGUAUACUGAUAUUUUUAUAUAUAAUAAGUGAUCCAUUAAUAUAUGUUGGAGAAUUUAAGGAUGGAAUAAAAUAUGGUAGAUGGGAUACAUUAUAGAAAGGAAAAUAUGAUUAAGAAUACAAAUUAAUGUAAAAUUUAUUAUUUAUCAUAGAGGAGGAGGAUCAUAUCAUUAUUAAAAUGCACAAUUAAAAAAAAUUGGUUUUUGGAUUGAAGAAUGGAAGAAUUUUGGAUGGAAAAGAGAAGUUAUGAUGAGUGGUGAAUAUAAUCUGAGAGGUUAUAAAGUUGGUUAAUGGGAUAUUAUUUUUAAAGAAGCAUACGGAAGGAAACAAUUUAAAUUAAUGUAAAUCUUGAUUGAACGUUAGUGGUGGUGGAUUUUAUAUGGAUUAAGAAGGAGGUUCAAUAAAAAUUGGAAAUUGGGUUGAGUUGUAGGAUAAAUUUUAUAAUUAUUCACGUUUUUCUUUGAAUGGAAAAUAUAAUCAUUAAGGAGUUAAAACAGGUAGAUGGUCUAUUUAUAAAAAUGUUUCAUUGUGGUAAUCUAAAAAAAUCUAAAAUAUAUAGUGGUUGCAUAAAUUAUGAUGAAAAUGGAAUUGAAAUUUAUAAAAGUGAAAAGUAUACUGAGAUCUUUAUAUAUAAUUAGGGAUCCAUUAAUAUAUGUUGGAUAAUUUAAGGAAGGAAAAAAAUAUGGUAGAUGGGAUAUAUUAUAUAAAGGUGAUUGGAUGAGAAAAUAUAAAUAAAUGUAAAAGCAUAAUUUAUUUUAGUGGAGGUGGAUCAUUCUAUUUAAAAAAUGGUGAUUCAUAAAAGAUUGGAAAGUGGUGUGAAGUGAGUGAGGAAUUUCAUGAUUUAUCUAGAAUAACUUAUCAGGGAGUGUAUAAUGACAAUGGGCAUAAAAAAGGUUAGUGGAAUAUAUAUUAAAAUUGGGAAAAAAAUAACAAAAUGUAAAUUUUUUACAAUAUUUUAGUGGUGGCGGAUUUUAUUUCGAAUACAACAGAGGUUCAAAGAAGAUUGGAAAGUGGACGGAAGAAUAGAAAAAUUUUGAAAGGAGGAGGCAAAUCAUGUAUAAUGGCAAUUAUAAUAUGAAUGGAAAUAAAGUAGGUAUAUGGAAUAUAUUGUUCUAAGAUGAUUAUGGAAUAAAUAUAUAUAAAUAAAUGUAUAGGUUAUUUAUAUUUUAGUGGAGGUGGAUUGUAUGAAGAAUAAGAAGGAUAAAGUUCAAUAAAGGUAGGAAAAUGGAUAGAAUUGUCUGAUAAUUAUACUUCUGUAUCUUAAAUCACUUAUCAUGGUUUAUAUAACAAAAAUGGGGUUAAAAUUGGAAGAUGGGAUAUUUAUAAAAAAGAUUCGUUAUGGUAAUAUAAAUAAAUCUAAAAAUAUAGUGGUUGCAUUAAUUAUGAUUAAAAUGGAAUUUAAAUUUAUAAAAGUGAAAAGUAUACUGAUAUUUUUAUAUAUAAUAAGUGAUCCAUUAAUAUAUGUUGGAGAAUUUAAGGAUGGAAUAAAAUAUGGUAGAUGGGAUACAUUAUAGAAAGGAAAAUAUGAUUAAGAAUACAAAUUAAUGUAAAAUUUAUUAUUUAUCAUAGAGGAGGAGGAUCAUAUCAUUAUUAAAAUGCACAAUUAAAAAAAAUUGGUUUUUGGAUUGAAGUUGAAGAUGUAUUUUUUUAAACUUAAUAAAUAAUAAAUCAUGGUCAAUAUAAUGAAGAAGGUAAAAAAGUUGGCACAUGGGUAAAAAUUAAUAAAUAAAAAAAUUUUUAAAUUAUGGAGAAGACAUAUGAUAAUUGA